AUGGCUCAAAGGAUCAAAACAAAGCCAAAGCCAAACUAUGAUCGGAAAGCAAAGCACCCGGACUAUGUCCAAUUUCGGUGCAAUGCCUAUGCUUUCAACAGCAUCAUUAGAGACAUAAAGGACAAGCUCAAUGAAAGGCAGAAGAAGUUUCUCAAGAAAACCCCUUUCUGGAACUUGAUCGAGCUGUUUUACUGCCAGAGAAUUGACAUGAAUAACAUGAAUAAGUCGGACAUUGACUUAGCACAGCUGCUCAAGACAUUUGAUCCGGAUACAAAGUCCUUCAAAUUUGGAACCAAAUCGUUCCAAAUCACAAGCAAUGCAGUGACUCAGAUUCUAGGACUGCCAAAUGAAGGCAAAUCUGUCAAACUUGUCAAUGAUAGGUACACUGCUACCUUCAGAACAAGGCACUUUGGAGAAAAGGGAAAACCUUCAAAAAACCAGCACUGCGUGAAUCUAGACACACUUUCAAGCUAUUCGUGGGCAAGAGCUGUUUCAGACUACAUGAAUGAAUCCUUGACCGCAAAAGCAAAAGGAAAAGCAAAGAAGGGAGGAGAAGCCUCUAUAGGAGCUGUUUCGGGUUGCACUAUCCUAAUAUUGUUUCUACUGUGUGAGAGGACAAACAUCAUACAACCAAUCCUUGGCAAGGAGAAAGAAACUCCUGCCAUUCUUAAAUGGAGUCUUGUGGAACUCCACACAAGAUUCAACCAAAUAAAGGACUUGAAUGACAUCGAGGGUAUUUUCAAAACUCCUAAAAAGCGAAAAACUACCAGGGAAGAGGAAGACACUGUUGAGAAGGUAAUUGAAAUCUGUAUACAGUGCAUUGCAGUUUGUGUUUUCUACAUUGCAGUUUGCAUUUUAUCCAAUGCAGUUUCUGAAUCAUUCAAUCUCAUUGUACAGGGUAUUUUGAAAACAUAUAAAAAGAGAAAAACUACCGGAGAAGAGGGAGACCCUCUUGACAAGGAAAAAGAAAAAGAAGAUGAUGAGGGAAAACCUGAUGAUGCAAUUCAAGACCUCUUGGUGAAGUCCAUGACAGACCAAAUCAACUACCGCCAACAACAAGAUCCUAGCUUCGUUUGCCCGGAAAGAUUACAACUGUGGAAGGAUGAAAAGAAUGAAGACAGUGAGAAGAAAAUGAAGGAAUUGUGGGAUAUAUUUAUCCAAGCAGAAAAGAGAUCAAAGGAGCUGGAAGUGGAGUUGGCAACAUACAUAGAGAAAUUAGAUAAUGAAGAAUGUGUGACUGCCACCAUGACAUGGAGUUGGCAACAUACAUAG